UGCAUCCUCUUCAUGGUUGUAUAGGAGUGUAGAGAGCACCGCUUCACUCAGAGCGGUGCUGCUUUGAAUCUUGCUGACCUGGGCUCCCUAUGCCAGUUCAGACAGAGUAAUGAAAUUCCACCCUCUUGGCUCCGACAACAAAGGUAUUUCUAUGAGCCCAUCGGAUGGUCUGACCACACAGCAGCUGCAGCUUUCUUUUUCUUCUCUUCUUCCAUAAUCUGGGGCUGUCAUGGCGACUCCCAACAAUAUUACUGCCACAAACUGCAGCUGGUGGCCCAUUUCAGCACUGGAGAAUGAUGCAGGCAAAUCCAUGGAGGUUGAGGAGAAUCAGGAUCCGACACACCCUGCCUUCAGGUCCAAGGACAGGCUGGUUCUGUAUCACUGGACCCAAUCCUUCAGCUCACAGAAGGUCCGACUGGUCAUUGCAGAAAAAGGGAUACCUUGUGAAGAACGAGAUGUGAGCAUGCCCUUGACUGAGCACAAAGAACCUUGGUUUAUGCGCCUCAAUCUUGGGGAAGAAGUACCUGUCAUCAUCCAUGCAGAUAAUAUAAUCAGUGACUACAAUCAAAUAAUUGACUAUAUGGAGAAAAACUUCACAGGAGAGCACGUCAUCCAGCUAGUUCCUGAGAAUGGAAGCCUCCUUCAUUCACGAGUAAUGCAGUAUAGAGAAAUCCUAGACUCCUUACCCAUGGAUGCCUACACUCAUGGAUGUAUUCUUCACCCAGAACUCACCACAGACUCCAUGAUUCCAAAGUAUGCUACAGCUGAGAUUCGCAGACAUUUAGUUAAUGCCAGCUCAGAUCUGAUGAAGUUGGAUCAUGAUGAUGAUGAUGAGGCACAACUAACGGAACCAUACCUUUCCAAACAGAAGAAACUUAUGGCCAAAAUUCUGGAGCACGAUAAUGUGAACUAUCUGAAGAAAAUCCUGGGAGAUCUGGGAAUGGUGCUAGAUCAAAUUGAAGCUGAACUGGAGAAGAGAAAAAUUGAAUAUCAAGGGCAGAAAUGUGAACUCUGGCUUUGUGGAUGUGCAUUCACCUUGGCUGAUGUUUUGCUGGGAGCCACAUUACACCGCCUCAAGUUCCUAGGACUCUCAAAGAAAUACUGGGAAGAUGGCAGCAGACCCAACCUACAGAACUUCUUUGAAAGGAUACAAAAACGUUUUGCCUUCAGGAAAGUCUUGGGGGACAUCCAUACUACCCUCCUCUCAGCGGUGGUACCCAAUGCAUUCAGGCUGGUCAAACGGAAACCUCCAUCCUUUUUGGGGGCCUCCUUCCUCAUGGGAUCUCUAGGGGGAAUGGGAUAUUUUGCUUAUUGGUAUCUAAAGAAAAAAUAUAUCUAGUGCCGGCUGUUUUGAUGUUUAGUUUGAUGUCUCUGUGCUGUGUGAAACUAUGAUGAAUCUUCAGUAACUAUAAUGAAAUUUGAAACCAAUAUGAAUAACUAUACUGUUAAUGUAACAUUCCAUAGUCUAGAAGUAGGAAACCUAUACUGCAAGGACGCAAGUCAACAAAAAUAUUCAAGUUGUACAAUGCCUUUUUGUAGGUGUCAGUAUUACAAAUCUAUAAAUCGUGGGGUAUGUUUAUAUACCCGCUGUGGAACAAAACAGCCUUUUAGCACAGUCAAGCACCACCAGGAAACAACUAGCAAAUGAAUUACAAAACUGAGAGAUGGGAUUCCCUGUGGCACUUCUAAAUUUUUCCACAAGUUUUUCAAUCACAUAGCACAUUAUUUCCCUUACAGAUGCAAAUAACAAGGACUUUUCUAUAAGCUAUUUUUGUGUUGUGCUUAAAAAAGGAUUAAAAAAACAUAGAGCAGAUGCAGUGAGUUGGAUCACAAUAGUUUGUGAAGUUUUAGCAUAAAAUGAUGAGUUUUUUUUUCUUUGUAUUUUCAAUUUGUUUGGAUUGUUUUUUUCAGUUAACUUGCAUUUAACUAUAAUUCUCUUGAUUUUUUUUUUCAAUUUUUAAUUAUGUCUCUGAUUACGGCACUUAAUUUCACAGAUGAAAUUCUGAUUCAUCAAAGAGUUUGUCUCCAGCUUGUUUCCAUGAAUUUGCCAAGUGUCUUUCACCAAUGGAACCUUUGUGGACUCUUAAGAACAUAACUGUUUUCAUUAGUUCUAAAUAAUUUUCAAGAAAUUUGACCCCCCCCCUCCUUUUUGGGGACUUUUUCCUCAGUUAUUUUUCUUGUUGUGUAUUUUUAUUAGAAAACACUUUGCACAAAAAAAAAAUCAUAUUUCUCACUUUAUUGUGCCUUUUGCAUGUUGGAAAGAAUAAUGAGCAUCAAUGCUAUUCAUGCUUAAAAUACUUCUGAGAACUCAAAUAAAUCAUAUGGGAAGAGUAACAGCUUUAUAUUUCUAAAUGUGGUCUAUAUCAGUUGAUUCAUUUCCAAAAAUAAACCGUGUAUACAUGUGCAGUAAUGA